CGGCUGUGGUGCGCAGAGCUCUGGCAACUGGAGGGGUUCCACUGAGGGAUGGUUGGUGUGAGCUCAUCGAGGGAGCAGCCCCAGUAUGGCUGUGAAUGGGACGGACGGCUGCCAGGAGUUGGGCAGAGCCCUGGAGAAGGCUUACCUCUCCACCAUGUAUAGCCUGGAGUUCGCUUUGGGUGCCAUUGGGAACAGCGUUGUUGUGCUUGGCUAUAUCUUCUGCCUGAAGGAGUGGAAAAGUGGCAACAUCUACCUGUUCAACCUGUCGCUGUCAGAUUUGCUGUUCCUGUGCACUUUACCGGUCCUGGUGAGCAGCUACUCCCAAGGCCGAUGGCUGGGUUCGAGCAUCCUGUGCCACAGCAACAGGUUCCUGCUGCACGCCAACCUGUACACCAGCAUCCUCUUCCUUACCGUCAUCAGCAUCGACCGGUACAUGCUCAUGCGAUGCCCUUUCAGAGAACACACUCUGCAGAAGAAGAAGACAGCCUUCAUCGUGUGCAUCGCUGUCUGGGUCCUGGUGAUACUGGAGCUGUUGCCAAUGACGUUCUUCUUGGAGAAAGUGUCACCAGCCAAUAAUUUCACGUGCCUCGACUACGCGAGUUCUGGGGACCCGGAAAAAAGCCUCAUCUAUAGUCUGCUCCUGACGCUCUUCGGGUUCCUCAUCCCCCUCGCUGUCAUGUGCUUCUUCUAUGUGAAGAUGCUGCUCUUUCUGAAGAACUGGAAGGAGCAGAUUGGCUCUGUCCUGGCUCUCGAGCGGCCGCUCACCCUGGUGGUGCUGGCUGUCUCCACCUUCUCGCUGCUCUUCACCCCGUACCACGUGAUGCGCAACGUCCGCCUCGCCUCCCGCAUCCCAGCCCUCAACGUGUCCGUGUGCACCCAGAGCGCCAUCAACACCGCCUACAUCAUCACCCGGCCCAUCGCUUUCCUUAACAGUGCCAUUGACCCCGUGUUUUACUUCCUAAUGGGGGACAACUUCCGAGAGAUGCUGAUGGCAAAAGUAGUGCAGGUCUUGGGCAGGCUGAAAAGCACGGGCAGAUGAAGUGCUGAGGAGAGCUCUGGCACUGGAGCUGGGGGGAAGGCUGUGUGGGAAAACGUCAGCAGCGUGCAGUGCUUUCUUCUUUAGGUAGCUUUGUUCAGGCCACAGAACACGCAGGAGCUGAGCGCGUCCCACUGGGAGCACCUGUUGCCGAUUCAUCUCCAGCAGGACGGGGGUAGGGUCAGGGGGUGGCGGGCAGCCCGACACCGCGCUCAUCAUAGGGUAUGCUGUGCUCUGUUGAGAUUGCAAAUAAAAUAUCGCUGUGACUUUUCUCAGCAGGAAA